GAGACUUGAGAUUGCGGAAGCAGACGGUGUCUCUGGUUGCCUGGUGGCGGAAAAUUUGUAAAGAGUUCAUUAGCGUGAUCGCACCUAGUGUCAGUGGUGUAGUUGUGUGUGUGUCCGCGUCGCUCAACCCAGCAGCGUGUUCUAGUGACCGCUCGAGACUCUCCACAGCCGUUUCACACCGGACAUGGCCGUGCCGCCCGGUGAUGGCCACACCACGUACGUGGCGUCGCUGGACGUGGGCUCGUCGGGGGUUCGCUGCCACCUGUACGACCGGCACGGCCGAAUCUGUGGAACAGCCUUCGAAAGGUUGCAGACAGAGUGUCCCUCUGCUGGCGUUUUCGAAGUUGACCCCGAGCACCUCUGGCAGAUUGCUAAGGACACGUUAAGAGCCGCGCUCAAAGGUUCCUCAGUGCCGGCCAGUUCGGUGAAAGCUCUGGGCAUCACAACGCAACGAGCAACAUUCACCUGCUGGGACAAGCACACAGGUCGGCUUCUGCACAAGUUCAUCUCAUGGAAGGACACCCGUGCCGAAUCGCUGUGCAGAGAGUGGAACUCCUCUGCACGUGUCAAGGCCAUGCGGAUGGGCGCCAGUUUCCUGUACUGCCUGACCCACAAGGACCGGUACCUGAUUGCUAGCAUGCUCCGCUUCGAAUCUGGCCUGGUGGUGAUGCGACUCUUGUGGGCCCUCCAGAACAUACCGGGGCUGCGAGAGGGGGCUCGCGAAGGCCGCGUCGUCAUGGGCACCGUGGACAGCUUCCUGCUGUGGCGGCUGACCGGAGGGCGCGUGCAUGCCACCGACCCGUCCAACGCCUGCAUCACUGGCCUCUUUGACCCUUUCACAUUGGAGUGGUCCCGCCUGAUCACAAACAUGCUGGACAUUCCUGUCAGCAUGUUGCCAAAGGUUCUCAACACAAGUGGCGUGUUUGGCAUGACAGAUCCCGAAAUCCUGGGCGCCGAGAUUCCCAUCGCGUGCCUGGCUGGUGACCAGCAGGCAUCAGCAUUCGGCGAGUGCUGCUUCCAGGCGGGAGACGUCAAGUGCACCAUGGGUACGGGUACCUUCUUCAACGCCAACACGGUGGACCAGGCGCACGCGUCCACUGUGGGCAUCUACCCCGUCGUUGGUUGGAAGACCAGCAAAGGGGUGACCUACCUUGCUGAAGGUGGCAGCUUCGACACCGGCACCGUCGUGGACUGGGCCCAGGAAAUGGGCCUGAUCAAGAACGCCGAGGAAAGUGCCGAAGUCGCCGAAUCUGUUGACAACUCGGCGGGGGUCUUCUUUAUUCCUGCAUUCAGUGGGCUCCAGGCCCCCGUGAAUGAUGCAUACGCAGCCGCGGGUUUCCUGGGGCUGUCACCAUCCACGCGACCGGCACAUAUGGUGCGCGCCAUGCUCGAGUCGUUGGCGUUCCGCACCUACCAACUACAUGCGCUACUCAAGAGCACCUCUGGGCUACCCACCAUCGGCAGCGUCAGGUUCACCGGCGGAGUGACGCAAAACCUGUUCCUCAUGCAGCUAUUGGCUGACCUACUGCAGGAACCCAUCAUCUGCUCUUCCCAGCACGACAGCAGUGCUCUUGGCGCUGCUUACCUUGCUGGCCUUGCUGUCGGAUUUUGGAAAGACGUAGCUGAACUGCGGAGCCUGCAGCCCGAGGGUAUUGUCUUCAAGCCGCGAGUUGAACGGGCUGCCUCCAGCAGGGCUCUCUUCAAUGAAUGGUGUCGAGCAGUUGAUCGCUUCACACACUGGCACACGCCCACUGGCUCCUUGUGUUCGGUUUAACAAAAGUGAUUCGGGCUGUAUUUUUAUUGUCACUGGACAUUCGCGAGACAGUGAUUAUAGGUGAAGCAAUCCUUCAACUUAAAGAUGGUGCUUUGCUGCAAGACGUGGGUUGAACUGCUGUGCAAUGAUUUGAUCCGAGAGACUCAUGAUCAGGUUUUGUAUUACGCUACGUGGCAUCCUGAAGCAGCUGUUAAUUGGGGCAAGAAUUUAUAAUGUGCCCUCAAUGUUCAUAUGUAGAGUUCCGAAUGUUGCGGGACCGUAACACUUGUGACCACCUUAUUGCCGCUUGUGUUGGGUGGCAUUGCAAUAAUUUGCCAUUAUAGUGCAGUACCAGUCACUGCUUUUUCUAAUGUCAUCCGCAAUCCAAGGCAAAAAUAGAACGAUGUGAAUGAGCGCUGAUUUUUUAACCAAGUUUUUAAUUCUAAUAAUGCGGUAGUAUGGUGGCUGUCACAUACAGGUCCAAUACUCUUGUUUCUCGGCCGUGUUUAAGAGUGAUAUAUAAGGUGCAAUGAGUAUUCAGUGUGGUUUGUGCAAUCCAUCAAGUUCAUUUCACAUUAGUAAUGUGCAUGCAUGGCAGCACACUUUUGUGUUGCCUUCUGAAACAUUAAACUACUUUGUGCCUGCUAUGUCUGGAUGUUCCUCAGAACUUGUUUUGAAUCUAGCAAAAACAGUUGAAGAAAGAAGUGUCAUGGCAGUCACAUUGAGCGCUGUUUAAUAUUCUAGUUUUGCUCUGUAAUGAAUAAGUGUGCGAUGCAAAGCAGGCAUACAGACUAUAGUGACAGUAAAGUUUUGCCGUGUAGAUACCGUGGAAUUCUUUGCAUCAGAACAAAUGCAAGUAUCUUCUGGUAUGUGCAAUAUGUUAAAAUUGUUGCUCAGUGUGAUGUGUGUCAUCCUCUCUCCCUAACUUCCUGACGAAAAUCUAAAAGAAGCACCUGCAAUGGAUUCUUGUUGUCCUAAUUGGAGCUUUGUCGCUUUCCUUCACGCGGAAUGUGACUGGUGACACUGCUGUAGUUUAUUGAACUUGUUUUUUAUGGAGGAACGGGAAUACGCAUUUGAUACUGAGAGCAACUCUUUCAUUCCAUCUGAAAAAUAUAAUACUUGCACUUAAAAGUCCUUAAAAAGGUGGCAGUGUAUGACUAGUGAAAGCCAUCUAUGUUAAAGCAAUGAACAAUGUGAACUUUAUGCUGUAGUUCACCUACAAGGCUACCUGAAGAGGGAAUAUUUUGAUGAAAGAAGUAUUCAUCUAGCAUGAUCAUUCCAAUUUAUGUGAUAAGAAAGUUGGUUGCAGCUGUGUUUAUUUGUACUCGUUCCAUAUUUGCUGGCACACAGUGAUUAUGGAUGCAGAUGAAAGUGUGAUAUAGUUGUCGUGACCAUUGUGCUCAUGGUAUUUUGAAUAUUGCGUGAGAAGUACCCAAGGCAGGAUGCAGUGCUGAUGCAUAGAUCCAACUGAACCAAAUGUUGUUUUUUGGUUUUUUUGUUUUUGGUUCUGCUACCUGCUGUUGUAAUUUUGGUUGUGAAUACUCCUUUUUCAUGCUGCCUUACUGCAGCUAGACAUCUGCUGCUAAGACAGAGCAAAUGGAAGACCUGAGAGGAGCAAGGUCUAAAGAGGGCAGCUGCAACAGUCUACUCAUACGUUUAAGGUUUUGCAUUACGAGCUGUGCAGAAGCAAUGUCUGUAGCGUGGCUACGUGCUAGCAGCUGUGGUGAGCCAAGCAAAGUCCUGCUGGAGUGAUGUUUCGCUGCUCUUCUGGCUCAUCGUUGAACCCUUUCACUUUUUGCUUGUCACAGCCAGAUAAUGAGGCCAUGGAAAGCACAGGAACAGUUUUUGUUGCCUUUAGUUGAAAUGCAGAAAUUAUAAGCUAAACAGAAAUGAAAGUGGACAAACAGCAAACUUGUUGCCGUGGGAACUGAACCCACAUCCUCCCCAUUGUGCGUGCGAUGCUCCACCAAUUGAACUAUGGGGACAGCAGUUACCAAGUCCACGUUCUUGGGCAUUUAUGUAUGUGUGCAAGAUCUGACCCUGGGAGUGUUAGUCAGCACUAGUGAUGGUCAUGGCGGCAGAUCUAGAACAUCUUUCAAGGGAUGAACCUUGUGGUAGCUUUCCUUGGCAAUUUUGUGUAAUCAAGUAUGUAUUUAGUUGUUCAAUUUGCAACUCACUCACAGGCACUGCAAGGGGAUUUGCUUGUUUUGAGCCUUGCGGAAUUGUUUUCCUCAGGACGUACUAUCAGUUUUGCUAUACAUACUUUAGAGUGAAUUGAGCAUUACUUCAUUUCUUCUCUGCAUUUCGGUACCUGACUGCUCACUUCUCGUUGUACAAAACUGAAUACGCAUACUAUGAUUGCUCUUGUUAAAUAUGUUCUUGCUUUCUACGCAAGUGUUACCCUUUGUUGGUAGUGUAGUGAAUAAUUAUUGCUCAUUGUUUGUGGUCUCAUGCAAAUAAGAAAGUAUCCCCAGGAACCAGCACUUUAAUUUUUGAAAUGUGUUCUUGACUAUGCGAAAUCUGGGUGCAAUUCUGGGCAAAUGCAUGUAUGCUUUGUCAUGCAGUUUUGCUGCUUCAUUAAUUACAUGAAAGUGUAUUGGUGUGCCAGUGGAGCUUCACCGUAGCAGUGUGAUAUAUUCCAGCAGCCGUUGACAUGUUAACAAGCUGGAAAUAGUUUGACCUUUGAGGUGGCUCUUGUACUUGCCUGUUUGUUGAGUAUAACAUUACUCACAGCUGUACAAAGGAUCACAGUACAACUUCAUAAAACAAUGGGCAAGAGGUUCAGUGAUCAUUUCAAUAUGCCAGUUGUGUUUAUUUUACCAUGCUUUACUUCUUGAAGGGCCCCUCACCAGGCUUGGCCAUUUUAUACAGCCAAGCGCAGUAUAUGCAAUGCCUGCUGAAGAAUGUGUCUGUGAUGUAUUAGACCGCUGCGCGCCCAAGAAAACAGCAGAAAUAUCAAAACAAACGCUGCGUGCCCUUUAAAGCAACAGCAGUUAGUGCGAUCUGUUAAUUUAGUAGACAAUUAACUUAAAGACGUAAUAAAACCUAAAAAGUGAAUGUCUGCAAGUCUUUGUUUUACUCCGUGCCAUAGCAAGAGGAGCGUCCUUCCGUUCUGUCUGCUUGUUUCAACAUAGUUUAAUUGCAUGUGCAGAGAACAAAAUUAUAUCCAAACUUGUGCACAUUAGAGGAUCAGUUUCAAUGUAGUGUGCAGAAGCAGCCAGACAACAACACAGGCGUUCUCGUGCAGAGCGUGCAAAAUCAUGCACAGCGCAAAACGUGACAAACGCAACAGCUCGCAUGCUAGACCUUCACCGGAAGUGCGCGCGCAGCAUAAAUGUGCAAAAAGAAAAAAAAAAAGGUGUGGUUCGUGAUGUGUACUGGAUGUGGUCCUCCGGUAUGGAAGAAUGUAGGUAAGGAAUUUCGCUUGUGGAGGCUAGAUGGGACAAGUUGAGAGAGUGUCUAUAUUGGCAAUGAAGCUCGCCUCAUGAAAUAAUGGGUUUGGGGCACUUCAAAUAUUGCUCUCUGCUAGUAAUGAAUCAAUGAAAAAAAUUCUUGCGUUAAAAGGCUUUUUAAGGGCACGUAAGAAGUUUAAGCCUAUAACCAAAGCUUGCUAUUGGGCCUGGUGAGGGGUCAUUUAAUAAUUUAGUGCUUGAAGCAGUGAGUUAGCAGUAGUUCGAUGCAUAAGUGUGUGCUCACUGCGUAAUUUAGUGCAGUUUAUUUUGGUUCUUCAAGUUUUUUUGUCUUCUUGAACUUUUUUACUAAUGAACAUAACAUAGUUUUAACUUUAUUUACCUUAUUAACACUAUUAACCUUUAUUGUAUUGUUAUAAUAUUCAUACAGAGCAGGCUCAAAAUGUGCACCUACACUUACUUUGUACGCCAACAGUGCUUAUACUGUUUUCCAAAUGACUGCAUUGGAUAUAAUGUCUCAGGAGAAGGUUACCCUGUUGUGUGUGAUGGCUUCUUUCCUGUGUGUAUGUGGUAUGUGAUGGUAUGGCCUGUGGUUUAGCCAGGUGUUGCGUGAACUGUGUGGUUUCUCUUGCUGUAUUGGUGCCAAGGUCUAUUAACACAAUGACCAUUCCAUUCCGAAGUAUAUUAGCAUAGUGACCCUCGUUGUUCGUGUAUUGAUUUAAUGGGAUGGCAGCUUAAAAUUUGUACUAUUUUUGGUCAAUCUUGACAAUUUCUAUAUUUACUGUGCAUGGGUUUUUUUAGCACAUUGACACACUGCUCACAAUGUUAAAAGAAAACGUGGAGCAAGCUUUUCUUCUGUAGCACGAAUUUGCUAUUUCGUGCCCUGCAGACCGAGUUUGUGGCAUAAUAUAUAUGCAUAGAAAGACUAUGGCCCUGUGCUAUAAGGCUGGUUAUUAGGCUCUAGAUAUCUAGAAAAUUGAACACUUGUUUAAACAGAACAUGCAAUAGCUCGGAAUACUGUGAAAGAAUACCCAGUAAUGCAAAAAUUUUGUGCCUUAUAUUGCCAGAAUAAAAAGAAAAAAAAAAUGCGAGCUUAGCUUAGAUGUUGAAUAGGGGGAAAAAACUGGGGAAUCUUAAGGAAGCUGCUUGAAACCUUUGCUGCAUGUGCACUGUCAAUAACGCUUAUCAAAAGCCAUCGCUGUUGAACUUAUCGAGCUCUGAGUAGCACAAUAUUGAAGCAAGUUUAACUACACUACCACUGCCACAAAUGAUGCCAGUAGUGGAAGUCUUAGGGGACUGAGUCUCAAUUUGUGUGAAUACAUUUUUUAAUAUGUCUUUAUGUAGACAAUAAGAUUGGACAGUAAUGACUGGGUCAAGGAGGCACAAGGGCAUCUAUCGCUACACUGAUACUUGAUGAACUUUUAAUCUUCCUAAGUACCCAUCCACCAGUAUCUUCCCCUUUUCACAACUUCAUCAUCAGUAUGAAAUUGGCAUAAAGUAUUCCAUAGCACAUGGGCCAUAUUUUAUGUACUUUGCCCCAUUUUUUUCACUAGCAAAGCAAACAAUGCAGCAGGCGACAGCAUUCAACUGAACGCCACCUUGAGCUUUAUUGCUAUGAAAAAAUGUCGAUAACUACCUAUGCCAGUGCACUGCCACUACAGGCACACACGAUGUGAGAGGUGAGAUAGACCCAUUUAAGGAAAAUUGACAAGCACUUACUGCUGAAUAGAGUGGGCUACUGCUCUGGAAACAACACAGUGAAAUUUUCGUCGCACUGAGGUGCAGCUAAGAAUAUUAUUUAAUGUGUGUGGUCUAUAGUGUAUCCCAGCGAACAUUAGCCGAGCCGUUCAACGAAAAAAAUGAUUAAAAAUACACAGUACCAGAUAAUAUCUUAAGAGCUACGGAGUGCUGUCGUCAGAAGUAGAACAACUGAACACUGUUGGUCUUAGGAUCUUGUCUUUCACCGUGUUUUUUAACAUUUUCUUUUUUGCUGAGCAGCUUGGCUAACGUUAGCUGGGACACAUGGUAAAAUAAGUUCAGUUACGGUGGUUAGUAACCAUUGACACUGACACCCUGCUGAAGUGAUAGAGGCACAAAGUAUUUCGGUUAGAAAAUGACAACGUGGCAUUAUCAAUAUCAUAUCAGGAAAAUUUGGUGUAUUAUCAGGACUGCUGGCUGUAGCCUCGAAAGGUUAUGUUAAGGAAAAGGACAUAAAAUUUGGUGAAUGUAUUUUCUUGUUUGCUGCUUUUAGUUAAUGGGUACCUGACAGUUUUAUUCUUAGCUUGAGAAUGUGUCUUGCAUGUUUUUGUCAGCAUAUUCGAACUUUAAAUUGCUACCCGGGCAGGUCGGUCCUCAUUAUUCUUAUUGUAUAGCUAAAACUGACCACCACCACUGAAACAUAAUAGAAAGAAUAUCGAUGUGUUCUGUGCAGAAUAUAUUAAACUUGCUGUGAUGACAGGAUGUUUUGAGUAAGAAAUGUGCAAUAUGUUUGUUAACAAUCAACUCUACAGUGUCGGUUCAGCCCUCGUGUGCUUCCAUUUACAACAUUGCUAUGUUCCAUUCCAGCAUCCAUAUGUGCAAAAGAAACAUUGGCUGACUUUA